AUGGAUCAUUUUACUGGCUAUCUGGUACCAGAGAGUCAACCACCACAGAAUAGCGAUAUGCUUGCAUUCGCCAAUCCGGCUCUACCCCCAGGGUCUCUGGAUCUUGGUGGUUAUGACGACUUCAUGGGCUUCCCAUAUCCUGGUGCUUCUGCCAAUGGCGAAGCUGUGGACACAUCAAAUAACCUCUUCGCUUCCAUAUCGUCGAUGGAAAUACACGGUAGCGACCCACUGUAUCCGCCAGGCUGUGUAGGAAGCGGCCAAGGGCUUCGGCAACAACAAAACCAUAAUCUGCCUCAUGGGCCAAAUCAACCGCUGACACCACCUGACACGAUAGAUCGAGGGAGCACAAGUAUACCAGCCAGCUCACCAGAUUUGCGGAACCCUUUCACUCCGAAGCAAUAUCCCCAAAAAGCUGUAGAGAAACCCACGGCAUCGGAUGAUGUACUCGCACAGAUGGUGGAUCUACUAGAACAGCCCGACACAUGGUAUGGACUUGCGGAAAACAACAGCGAACCUAGCCAGUGUCUCUCACAUGAUGCCAGAGAUCGCAUUGUGGCGACCGUGCAAAUCCUCUUGCAACGGGCACUCUGGAGCCGACCAUCCCCUUCAACAUCAAGUCAAGGCCUUUUCGGACGCAUUGUAGUUCUCCCACCCUCAAACGUUCUCAUGCACUUUAUCGAAACAUACGCGAGCCGCAUCGACUUCAUCCAGCCCUACUUAGGUCUCGCCGGCUCCCCAAGCAUCAACAUUCAAGAUAUUCUGCAAGUCGACAUGGCCGACGUAGGCAUACUGCUCAUCAUCCUCCUCAUUUCUCAGGGCGCGAUGCUCACUAAUCACUUCGAAUCACACGUACUCGCCAAUGGCUUGAUAGAAGUCUGUAGGAUCGCAUUGGACGACGUUCUCGAGAGCCGGAGCAUAUCGCAACCGAUGGUUGGAGGGAUCGCAUUGCAGUUGCUUACACUCUGCGCACGGAGUGGUAAAGACUCUUUCGCUGCGUAUGCCAUGUCAAAACGGGGGCAAUAUCUCAGUAUGCUUAAGUGCACCGGCGUCUUGCAGCCAGAUCAAACGCUGUAUAGUCUAAGAGCAGAAGGCACACAAAUGUGGGAAAGAUGGAAAGAACAAGAGCAGCGGAAUCGCCACGCGUAUGCGUGGGUCUACGUAGACCUUGAGAUUAGCUUGUUGCACGACCUGCCGCCGAUACUUUCCAUUAACGACCUGCAAGUGCCCUUACCGCAGGAUAACGAACUAUGGCACGCUCAGUCCUACAACGAGUGGCUCGAACAUUCUGGCGCCAACGGGACCAAAACAGGACCCUGCAAUCCCGCAAAAUUCGGUGCCUGGCUUGAAAAACAGGGUUCUGUUGGGCCCCGCUCAGGUCACACCACGCCGUCCCUCAACGGGCUCUUCCGAAGUUUUCUCCAGGGCCGGCUCGUAGUCGGCGAUGACGUACCCUUGCACCACCUCCGUCUUCUUCUCCACCCGAUACUGGCCAUGGUACUGGAGCAACAACAACUUUUACGCAUUUUCGAUGCCGAUGAACCUUCGAACCGGUACCGGGUGCUUUCUAAGAUCAAGAUCCUAGGUCGCUUACAGGAGAUGCAAGAUUUGCUCCAAGAUCUGGCAACGCUUCUCUCUCGCUCGAAAGCUUCUGCUGUCAAGGAUGACGAGGGCGAGGUGACCCCCACCGAAUGUGUCAGCAUGAUAAUGCUGCAUCUGGUUAGCUUGAACGUGUUCACAAGCAUCCCCGAGAUUGAGAAGUGCGCCAAGGAAGAACCACCCAUGUCAGACUCGGCCCGUGCAGACAUGUGGCGGUGGGCACGUCAUCCCGAAGGAGAAAGAUACGUCCUGUUCCAUGCUGGCCAAAUCUUCAGACUGAUCGACAGAUCGUCCAUGGACGCACGGCCAACCUGGUGGCCGGUAGCUCUAUAUCGUGCGGCCAUGUCUUGUUGGUCACUCCGAUCGCUGGACCGAACCUCUUCAUCGGCAGCGGUGGAAGUUGGCAUUGAUGCCCUAUUACCCUCGGAAGAGGAGUGCUUCCUCAACACAACUACUGGCACACCAGUCGUCACACUCGACGACAAGAGACGGUUACCCAUUCUGGAGGGUAACAACAGUUUGCAGUACUGUAUCAGCAAGCUGGAGAGCCGUCCUACACACUGUUCACGAAACGUCAUCGAGAAGGCUAGGUAUUUUUUAAACAGGUGGAGUUUAUAA